AUGUCCAGUUAUGUUUGUGGCAACUACUAUUUUGAAUUUUUCAAGGACUUUUCGAUUCUUAAAUACCUCUGCGCGGAGUUUGUUUUCUCCACUAUCCUGAUGCAUGCAGCAAUCGGUGCUGUGGCCCUGCUGGUCGUCCUCGGAGUCAUCAUCUAUCAGGAGCACGAACUGGCCCAGUUUGCCAAACGCCUUGCCUUAGGUGGACGUUUCGCCGGUUCCGACCGGUAG